CCCGUACUGAUCUUCCUCUCCUUCAAUACAUUCCGACUUAUAAAUAACUUGAAUUCGGAAGCCACGUUCCCAUGGGUGAUCUUUGAUCAAGUUGAUACAGACCAGCGUCUCGCAAGGGGAUGGAGCCUGGAGGGAGUGGCUGGCUUCUCUUCGCCUGCCUCCUCGUCCCCUUCCACUCCCUCUCGCCCUGGAUGCAAUUGACGGCCUUGAUCCGAAAGAUGAGAGCUUUUGGUUCGGCCCUACCGGACAAUCUCAGCCUAAUGCAGUCAAAUUGUCAGUGCUCUCGGUGAACUGGAGGACGACUCUGGUCUCGGCAGUCUCGGGAGUGAGAUGCGAGCAACAAGGCAAUUAUCGGCUUCUGAGAAAUGGGAAUCUUAACGAAUGCCUUUUGUUGGGGCUCUGCUCGGCAGAGUCCCGACUGUCACAGCUUUGACUAUAGCUAGCCAUAACUGGGCAAUGGACCUGAGUU